ACUUCAUCUCGGCGUCAUCUUUCUCGCUGUAUAAUGGACGACCACAGUUACAGCAGAGCUGCAUCAAGACCAAAGUCGAUUAUUUUCGCCGAUCAAAUCUUCACAGAACUGCCGCCGGAAGAUUCUGCAGGUUCACCUCGAUCGAAAAAACCACAGUUAGGCCACUGUGGUCUUAUUGAGUGUCAGAAUAAAGGACACUGCCGAGGAUGGCAUUGUCCACUUUGUCACAGAACCGGACCAAGAUACAGAGUGAAAAACCAUGUGUAUUCUGUUCACUGGGCAUCCCGGGUAGUAGUUGGAGGAAUCAAUUCCUUGCUUUGCAAGUGCAGAAUUCCGGGAAAAGUUACCCCACGGCACUGGCAUUGCCCAUACUGUGCCUGCAAUCCGUACUACAAAUUGAAGUAUUUGGUAUCUCAUAUUGUGCGUACACACAAGCCUAAUGCCAUUGUGAAAGGCUACAGCCAGCAUCGGCUCGCUUAUUCUGUUGAUUGCACAAGAAGCGACGCUGAUGCUGACCUCGCUGCAGAUGAACAUUCGUUUGACAAAAAUGAUCUACGUACCGAUUCCUGGACUCCAAAAAGGAAGGCACUACCAAAGGACUUUUCGUUCCUUGGUACACAUGGUUGUGAAUUGGUUCGGUGUAAGGAACCUGGACACUGCAAAGGGUGGCAUUGCUCAUUAUGUCCAGCUGCCGCUCCAAAGUACAGAAUUAGGAACCACCUAGCCACUGUACACUGGGCCUCUCGCAUUGAAAUUGGAGAUAAAGUUUCUGUUAUGUGCAAGUGUAACAAGUCACCGAACUCGGCACCGAGGCACUGGCAUUGUCCGUUCUGUGUGAUUAAAUGUCUGCGGCCGAAGAAGAUGAUAAGACAUAUUAUGGAUGUCCAUAAGCCAAAUGAGGUCGUGAAAAGAUUUUCCUUUGGGAAACCACAUGGAUUCUUUAGCAGGAAUGAUGAUGGCAUACAAAAAGUCGAGGAAGAGGAAGAAGUAGCUCCAGAACCCAUUAAAACUCCUAUGCCAAAUUGUGAGGUGAUUCGUUGCAUUGGGCAAGGUCAUUGUAAGGGCUGGCACUGUCCCUAUUGUAGUGCCACUGGACUGAGGUAUUUAAUGAAAUCUCAUCUUCAAUCAGUGCACUGGGCUUCUCGUAUUGAAUUUGACGAUAAAACUUCAGUAUUGUGUAAAUGCAACAAUUUUAAUAAAAUAACACCAAGACACUGGCACUGCCCACUGUGUACGGACUGUCUCUUAUACACAUCUAGAUGUGUAUAA